AUGACUGAGCCCACUACUGAGCCCACUACUGGUUUGCCUACCACCACUUCUACCGAGCCCACUACUGGUUUACCUGACACUACGACUACCGAGACCACUACUGGUUUGCCUACCACCACUAAAACCGACGCCACUACUGGUGUGCGUACAACCACUACUACCGAGGUUACCUCUGGUUUGUCUACUACAAAUACAACCGAGGCAACUACAGGUUUGACUAACACAACUACUACCUUGGCCACUACUGAGUUGUCCACCACCACUAAAACCAAGGCCACAACUAGUUUGCCUACCACUACUACUACAGAGGCAACCACUGGUUUGCCUACCACCACUACUACCGAGUCCACCACUAGUUUGCCUACCAUCACAACUACCGAGGCCACUACUAGUUUGCCUACCACCACCACUACCGAGGCCAUUACUGCUUUACCUAGCACCACUUCUACAGAUGACACAGGUAGAAAGGGCACUAGUGGUUUGCCUACAACUGCUACUAUCGAGGCCACAUCUGGUUUGCCUACCACCACCACAACCGACGCCUAUACUGGUUUGCUAACAACCACUACUACCGAGGUCACUUCUAGUUUAGAAACCACCACUACAAGUAAGGCCACAACUGCUUUGCCUACCACCACAACAACCAAGGCCACUACUGGUUUACCUACCACCACAAAUUCCGAUGCCACCACUGGUUUGCCUACCACCACUACUACCGAGACCAUUAAUAUUUUUCCUACCACAACUACUACCGAGGCCACUGGUAAAAAGGGCACUUCUGGUUUGCCAACAACCACUACAAUCGAGGCUACUAAUGCUUUACCUAGCAUCACUUCUAUAGAUGCCACAGGUAAAAAGGGCACUACUGGUUUGCCUACCACCGCAACUACCGAGGCCACUACAAGUUUGCCUACCACCACUAUUACCGAGGCCACUACGGAUUUGCCUACCACAACUGCUACCGAAGCCAGUACUGGUUUGCCUACCACCACAACGAGCGAGGCCACUAACGGUUUGCCUACCACAAAUACAACCGAGGCAACCAGUGGUUUGCUUAACAUCACAACUUUCAAAGCAACUACUGGUUUGCCUACCACCACUGCUACCGAAGGCAGUACUGGUUUACCUAACACCGCAUCGAGCGAGGCAUCUAAUGGUUUGCCUACCACAACUAAAACCGAGGCAACCAGUGGUUUGCCUGACAUCACUACUUCCGAGGCCACUACUGGUUUGCCUACCACCACUGCUACCGAAGCCAGUACUGGUUUGAAUACCACCACAACGAGCGAGGCCACAAAUGGUUUGCCUACCACCAAAACGAGUGAGGCAAGUACUGGAUUACCUACCACCACUGCUACCGAAACCAAUACUGGUUUGCCAUCCACAACUAAAACCGAGACCAGUACUAGUUUGCCUACCACCACUACUAUCGAGGCCACUACUGGUUUGCCUACCACAACUACUAAAGAGGCCACCACUGGUUUGCCUACCACCACCACUACUGAUGCCACUACUAGUUUGCCUACCACUACUACAACCGAUACCAUCAGUGGUUUGCCUACCACCACUUCUACCGAGGCCACUUCUGGUUUGCCUACCACCACUUCUACCGAGGCCACUACUGGUUUGCCUUAUACCCCUACUACCGAGGCCACUACUGGUUUGCCUACCACCACUACAACAGAGGCAACUACUGGUUUGUCUACCACCACUACUACCGAGGCCACUUCAGGUUUGCCUACCACCACUACUACCAAGGCCAAUACUGGUUUGCCUACCAACAUUACUAUCGAGGCCACUACUGGUUUGCCUACCACCACUUCUACCGAGGCCACUACUGCUUUGCCUCCGACCACUUCUAUCGAGGCCACUAUUGGUUUGCCUACCACCACCUCUACCGAGGCCACAACUGGUUUGCCUCCCGCCACUUCUACCGACACCACUACUGGUUUGACUUAUACCCCUUCUACGGAGGCCACUACUGGUUUGCCUACCACCACUUCCACCGAGGCCACUAUUGGUUUGCCUCCCACUACUUCUACUGAGGCCACUACUAGUUUGCCUACCACCAAUUCUACCGAGGUCACAACUGGUUUGCCUACCACCACUUCUACUGAGGCCACUACUGAUUUUACAGUUAGAAAGGGAACUAUUGGUUUGCCUACAACCACUACUACGGAGACUCUUACUGGUUUCCCUACGACUACUACUACCGAGGCCACUAGUGGUUUGCAUACCACCACUUCGAACGAGGCCACUACUAGUUUGCCUACCACCAUUAAGAGCGAGGCCACAACUGCUUUGCCUACCACCACAACUACCGAUGCCACUACUAGUUUGCCUACCACCACAACUACCGAGGCCACAACUGAUUUCCCUACCACAACUACUGCCGAAGCCACUUCUGCAGAAUUCACUGCUCUGCCUUCAAACACAACCACACGGAUCACUUCUGUCUUGCCUUCUUCCACUUCUACAAAGGCUACUUCAUUUUCGCCUACCACGACUUCUACAAUGGUCACUUCUUCCUUGCCUUCCACCAAUUUUCCAACCAUGAAGCCAAAUUUGGUGAGCGCAGUGGUUGUGUUCCACUUCACACUUGUGAUCCAAGCAGAGUUUACAGACAAGCUCGGUCAUGAUGGCGACUUUAAUGCCAAUUUUAGGAGUCUGCUGAUGAAGACGAUGUUUAAUAACAUUCCACAUGUAAACUUCACAGUCAGUUACAGUGCAGGAAGUAUACGGUGUCACAUAACGACGACAGUGCCACAAGAGAAACCGGGGAUCGCACAUGAAACCGUGAAGGCACUAGAAGAUAUCCGAAUCAAUACUAACGUCGCAAGAAACGUCAUUGCCACAAAUCUGACUCACCUUUUAACAAAGGUCCUCCAUAUCAAUAUCAGCGAGGACGCUAUUGGAGUCAACAACUUUGUGGAAGAGAUAGCGGGAGAAAAGGAGGCAUACGAACAGUCUCCCGACCCCUGUUCCUACUUUCGGUCAGACGUGUGCCCGACCACCGCCUACUAUUUCACGUGCGCGGGGAAUGGAUCACCAUCGUGCAGACACAAAUGCGAGGGGCCGAAUGGGCAGGGCUUAUGUGGGGAUCAUGGCACGUGCUUCUUUGGUCUCCAAGACAAGGCACUGGCUUGCAAGUGCGAGGUGACAUCAUGGCACGUGUAUCACGGCGCGCAAUGUGAGCAGACGACAGCGACACUUUGGUUCGUGUUGGCGGUAUCUCUUGGUACAGGAAGUGCUUUCCUGCUGAUUCUUGUAACCAUCAUUAUUUGGCUCUGCAUACGCCGCCGACGAGAUAAAAAGACGCACGGCGUCAGUCUGUCUGAUGACUUGGACUGGGAAUUUUUUGGGUCCGGAGGGAUUGGGACGCUUAGGGACCUCAGUUUCCGGUCACGCCCCGAUAAGACGAGCCCCCUUUACGGCCGAUUCCACAGACAACCGGGACAUGUCAAUGAGACAUUUGAACCGGUGUUCAGCGGAAGUGGCCGACGGCGGGCGGGCAUGUACCUCCCGACAGAACAAGAAGCUGGCGCCUCAAACGUGCCUUCCUUUCUUCGUAUCGACACCACCGCUGACUAUUCCAUACAACGACCGACAGUUUCGCACGAACCAUUGGGCGCCUACAGAAACCUCUACUCAGAUGCAUAUAACACAGAGUUUCCGACAGACACACGCCCUAAGCCAUCAGCUUCUAGCAUGGACAUUUGAACAAUGCUUUAGUUACCAUGACACUGGAAGCUUAAUAUAAGUUGCGCGCGCAUAACCAGCUGGCCUGAGCAUGCGCAAACAUAUUAUAGUGCUUUGGUACAUUUUGUGUCAUUAUCAUUGAAGCAUAUUGUGAUAUUCCCUUUAUUGUAUUUCGUUUGACGGGGAAUAUAACC